AUGAACAAAGAAGAAAAUUCUUGCAAAGGCUCAGUUGACUCUAAGGCAGAAACUGCUCCUUCAAGCGCUAUGAAAAUUGAAGUGAUGAGUCAUGAAAAAGUUUUCUUAAUAAAUAAAGAAUAAAUGAAAUGUAAUAAGCAAGAUCAUGACAAUAAUAGACUUAAAUUCUUGUGCAUCGAUCCUGCCUGCAAGAUUGAAGCAAAAUUAGCCUGUGCUGAGUGUAUCUUAAACGAUCACUAUUAACACAAAUACGUUGUUUUAGAAAAGUUUACUUCAGAAGUUUCUGAAAAAUAUAUUAAGAUUAAUAAGUAAGCCAAAGCUUUAGAAUAAGAAAAUUAGAUGGAAGAAUUUUAAAAGACAAUCAGUGAAGAAGUUCAUGCUGAAUUUGAAGAAAUCAAGCAGCUGGUAAUAAAAUCUUUCGAAGAAUUCGAAAAGGAAUACCUUCAAAACGUCUCUAAAAUUUUAGAAAGCGGCAAGCUCAAAAUGGAUCACCGCGAUAAGUUUUAAGUCAUUGAAAAUCUUACCCAAAAAGAAUUUGGAAAAUUCGACCCAUAAGAUAUUUCUCAUAUAAUUGACUUCUACCAAGACGAUAAAAUUGAAAAAGCUUUGGAAGAAAAUGAAAAGCACCUAAUCAAAACUAAGGGAGCUAUAAGCAAAAAGCAAGUAAAAUACUUCGAAAAGUUCCGCACCAUCGUAAAGGACAUAUUGAAAAACUGCAAAACUACACCAAUUAAAGAGAGUUCUAUCUCAUCACCUGUUUCUUCUUCAAUGAAUCUCUCUGCUACUAAUUCUUCAAACAAUGCAAGCUAAUCUUAAAAUAGUCAAAAUAGUAGCAGUUAAGAUGAAAAGAAGAAGAGAAGAUUAACUAUUAGCGAAGAAAACAAUAUAAUUUAUGAUGCUCCUGCAGUUAAUUAAAGUAACUUUAAGAGCAUCAGUGAGCUUUAGUCUUUUGCCCAAAGAUCUUUUGCAGGUGAAACAAGAAGAUUCUCUAAUGCCGUCCACAAAAAAAUAAAAACUGAAUAAUAUCAAACUUAACCAAUAUCUACUUAAUGA